AUGCAAAGCGCGGGGCGGCGGCAGAGGCGGGGAGGGCCAAUUGGCAGAUGCCCCGCUGCGCUGUCCACCACGGCGGGUGGAGACCUCAGGACAAGUGCAAGUGAGGCAGGUCGUGGUGGACCAGGAUGGUUGAUCGCUUCUGUAGAUGAGCUCGCCACAUGGCGUGUCGUGGCAGGCAACCUGUUGGCUGGAGCUGUGGCGGGAUGCACUGUGGAAGCAGCCCUCUUCCCCAUCGACACGAUCAAGACCCGCCUCCAGGCCAUGCGCUCUGGCGGCGGCAUGCGCGCCCUGCUCAGGGGUGGUGGCGCGGGCCGGCUGUACUCGGGCAUCUUUGGCAACCUGGCUGGCGUGGCGCCUGCCACUGCCCUGUUCUUUGCUGUCUAUGAGCCCUUCAAGCAGCUGGGGUCGGAGAUGCUGCCCAAGGAGCAGGAGAAGGCGGGGCCGCUGCUGGCAGGGGCAAUGGCAGGGCUGGUGGCGUCCACGAUACGGGUACCGACGGAGGUCGUGAAGCAGAGGAUGCAAACGGGGGAGUUCCGGAAAUUCUUUGGCGCGGUUAAGGGCAUCGUUGGUCGAGAGGGUCCACAGGGCUUAUUUGCUGGUUACGGCGCCUUCCUGCUGAGGGAUUUGCCCUUUGACGCCAUCGAGUUCUUCACCUACGAGUUCCUGAAGUCGACCUACGAGGAACACGUGCUGAGGCCCAUACACUCUGGAGAGGCGGCCGUGGCUGGAGCCGUGGCGGGAGGGGUCACAGGCCUGCUGACGACCCCCUUCGACGUCAUGAAGACGAGGCUCAUGACCCAGGGUGCCACCGGCCAGUACCAGAACGUGCUGGACUGCACCGCCAAGGUCAUCCGCGAGGAGGGCGUGACGGCGCUGUUCAAGGGCUGGCAGCCCCGCCUGGUGUGGAUCUCCAUCGGCGGCUGCGUGUUCUUCACGGCCCUAGAGCAGGCCAGGAAGGCCUUCGUUCCCCAGAAGCCGCCGCCACCACCAGAAGAAAACAAGGGCAAGAAGAAGCGGUGA